CAAAGAGAAGCCUUCUGUACAAGCCACGUGAUAACUGACGGUGUAAUCCAUCAGUAAUUACUGCACAUACGAAGGAAGGAGCUGCAUUUUCUCCCUCUAACAGCAAGAGAGGAAAGAAAUGAAAGCUAAUGAGGAGGGAUGGAGAACGCAUUCUUUGCUUCAAUCUUGAGCGUUCCACCUUUCAUCUGCUCUAGCUGAACUUUCUCAGCCAACGCCUGCAGCAGCAUUAAGUUGGAACGACAUGUCCACGAUGGUGCAGAUGAAUGAGAAGCUGAGUGCAGACGAGAUCAUUACUGGCACCAAGCAGGUCAUCCAGGGCUUGGAGGCUCUGAAAAAUGAGAACAACACUAUUCUGCAGAGCCUGCAGGAGACGCUGAAUGGGUUGAAGGAAGAUGACGAAGUUCACCUGGUGCAGGAGAAGACCAGCCUGAUCCAGAGGUCGCUGGAGAUGAUUGAACUAGGACUGAGCGAGGCUCAGGUGGUGACGGCCCUGUCCACCCACCUCAGCACGGUGGAGGCGGAGAAGCAGAAGCUGCGAGCGCAGGUGAGGCGGCUGUGCCAGGAGAACCAGUGGCUGCGUGACGAGCUGGCCAGCACCCAGCAGAGGCUGCAGAAGAGCGAGCAGGCGGUGGCUCAGCUGGAGGAGGAGAAGAAGCACCUGGAGUUCAUGAACCAGAUCAAGAAGUACGACGAGGAUGAGGCAGGGGAAGACAAAGACAGUGUGUUGUCAAAGGCUCCUCUGGAUGAUCUUUUCCCGAAUGAGGAUGAACAGAGUCAGCUGCAGCACUCUCACAGCAGUGCAGCAGCAGCAGCUCAGCAGGGGGGCUACGAGAUCCCGGCAAGGCUGCGGACCCUCCACAACCUGGUCAUACAGUAUGCUUCACAAGGGCGCUACGAAGUGGCCGUCCCACUCUGUAAACAAGCUCUGGAGGACCUGGAGAAAACCUCGGGCCACAACCACCCCGAUGUGGCCACCAUGCUAAAUAUUCUGGCCUUGGUGUACAGGGAUCAGAACAAAUACAAAGAGGCGGCGAAUCUUUUAAAUGAUGCCCUGACAAUCCGGGAGAAAACCCUCGGCCAAGACCAUCCAGCGGUGGCUGCCACUCUGAAUAACCUCGCUGUGCUUUUUGGCAAAAGAGGAAAAUAUAAAGAAGCUGAACCACUGUGCAAGCGGGCUUUGGAAAUCCGGGAAAAGGUACUGGGCAAGGACCACCCCGAUGUGGCCAAGCAGCUGAACAACCUGGCGCUGUUGUGUCAGAACCAGGGCAAGUACGAGGAGGUGGAAUAUUACUACGAGAGAGCUCUGGAGAUUUACCAAACCAAGCUGGGACCGGAGGACCCAAAUGUGGCCAAGACUAAGAACAACCUGGCUUCCUGUUACUUGAAGCAAGGCAAAUACAGACAAGCCGAGGCUCUGUACAAGGAGAUCCUGACAAGGGCUCACGAGAGGGAGUUUGGGUCUGUCGAUGGUGAUCACCGGCGGCUGUGGGUAAACUCCGAGGACCUCGACGACGCUAACAAGGACACUCUGGGCAGCUUGAAACGCAGCGGUUCCUUCACCAAGCUCCGUGACUCCAUCCGGAGGAGCAGUGAGAAGCUGGUUCGUAAACUGAAGGGCGUCACGGCACAAGACAGCCCGCCUAAGAUGCUGGGGAUGAAACGAGCCAAUUCCUUGAAUGUUCUGAACGUGGGCAGCAGGGUUACGGGAGACCCCUUUCAGCGCCCCUCCAGUGGUUUGAUGGAGUCUCGGGGACUGAGCACCAGCCACAGCAACCUGGCCCGCAGAGGAUCACUGACCGACUCGGGCUGAGAGGAGUUUGUACGAUGGAGAGACGAGGA